ACCGGCAAGGCGGGUGUCAUUGUCGCUUCCGAGGAUGCAAACCCUGUGGACAAACUUGCACAUGGCGUUCUCGAUGACCUAUUGUACAACAUCGUUCACGAUCUCUUGAUUAAGGUACACAGAGAUGAGAAGACAGCCCGCGCGAACACGGCCGCGAUCAAGGUGGAGAAACUUGCCAUGAACACCAUAGACGGCGCAACUGCAGACCUCAAACCAGACGUGGAGAUCGAGACAGACGCAGCGAUAUACAAGGACGGGAAAGUUACCCUCAAGGGAAAUCCCCUGAAGACGACCAAGGAGAUUCUAUGUCCGAGAUGUCAUCUUCCGCGGCUGCUGCAUCCGACAGACGGCAAAGGCGCCAGGAAGCCGGACCCGGGCGUCAUCUACUGCAAGAGGCAUCCCUACAUUGACAAGCCUGGCUACGACAUCUAUGGCCAGACGUGGGUUGCCCCGGGCCCUGGACGGGGUAAGAAGAAGAAGGACAUGGAGAAGAAGCUCGACCCCAACGACCCCAGUUCACCGGUACCAGGCACAGAAGGAAGUGCCAAAGAUCGGCCUCCGAACGUGCUCAGCUUCCCCAGCGCGACUUGCUCAAAGUGCAAGCGGUGCAUCCUAGUGACUCGCUUGAACAACCACAUGGGCUCUUGCAUUGGCAACAGUGGGCGCAAUGCCAGUAGAGCAGCAGCACAGAAGAUCAGCAAUGGGAGCAAUGCUGGAAGCCAAAAUAACGACAACACACCGCCCGGCAGCCAGAAAGGUACCCCGCUCCCUGGGAGCCGUGCUGCAAGCCCCAGGAAACGGGACGGUGACGAGUUCGACGAGGACGCGGACGAGUCUGAUCCCACCAACCCCAAGAAGAAGAAGCUUAAACCAACCAGUAUUAACAAGAAGCUCAUUGUCAAGGCCAAGAGUUCAACACCCACCCUCAAGAAGGACAAGCCCAAGGGCUCUUCGAUGCUCAAUGUAGAACAAAAAGCGGAUGGCAACGAGGCGAAGGAGUCCACGGUGCAGGUAGCCCCGAAGAAACCCACCCCAAAAGGACCGUCGCCCGCCAAAAAGAUUAAGCUUGGACCACCAAAGCCGCCUCUGCCUUCCCCGGCGGGGAAAAAAUCUAAGAGAGACCGUGACAUGGAGAGCGAGUCAUCCGGGACGUUGUCGUCACCUCCCCGUUGA